CAUUGUUCUGCAAUGUGCGCUCGAAAAAGUCUUCCUCAAGCGCGGGAGAUGGCAUGAAACAGAGGUGCAGUGACCGUUAGCGGGAACGCAUGUCGAGGUUCAGCUUCCACCUGAAGGCGGCGCCCCGUCUCCGGCAGGUGGCGAGGCACUGUUUUAGGAGACUGCCGCCUCUUAGACACUUAUCCCUUCCUUCAAGACAUGGCCUGGCACCGCUGUUGGCGCUUCCCCCGCCCACCCCACCACGCCCCCUCCUGCCAUGCUCCACAGUGCUGCUCAGCUUCAGCCGGAGCUUCAGGAAGGACCCCAAGUCUACCCUGGACUUCCCCGCCAACCCCGUCACAGUGACUGAAAUCAAGCAGUACCUGCGUUCCAAGGACAUCCCGUUUCACGACGGGUACAGCUGUCUGCACGCCCCCAGCUUCUUCCUGGAGUCGGAGAGAGAGCGACCAGGGAGGGAGGGCUUCAGCCUGUUCAUCGACAAGACCACCGGGCAGUUCCUGUGCAAGGAGACGCUGGUGGAGGGCAGCUGGGAGGACCUGCAGGACUGCGUGGAGGUGAUGCAGAAGGAGGGCCGGCCCUCCCUCAGCCCCGACGUGCUGCUGGGGUACCCAGAGAGCCCGGAGGAACAGGAGGCGAGAGAGGCGGAGCUCCGGGAGGUGCGGAGGAUCUGGUCCGCCUCCACGCCGUUCUCUGACCUCCCCGAGGAGGAGGCGCAGCUGGUCAAAACCAUGUUCGGGAUGGGGAAGAUCUCCAACGCCACCCUGAAGAAGUUCGGGGUGAGGUUCUUCAAGCCCACCAAGAGCUUGGUGUUCCCGUGGUUUGGCGGGCGGGACUCAGCCCUGAGGGGACUCAAACUUCUCUCCGCCCGGUGCGAGGAGAGCGGGGGGGUGGCCUACGCCGACGCUACCCUACCCCGGCCGUCUGCCUACCACAACCUGUUCGGCCUCCCGCUGGUGGGGCGCAAGGACUCGGAGGUGGUGUUGACGGGCCGCGAGGUGGACGCCCUGGCGGUCAGCCAGGCCACAGGGCUCCCCAGCCUGGCUCUGCCCCGCGGGGUCAGCUGCCUGCCCCCCGCCCUCCUGCCCUACCUGGAGCAGUUCAGGCGGGUGACGCUCUGGCUCGGCGGGGACGUGCGCUCCUGGGAGGCGUCCAAGAUCUUCGCCCGCAAGCUGGGGCUGCGGAGGUGCUCGCUGGUGCGGCCGGGCGAGCUCCAGCCCUGUCCCGGAGAGGCGAUGGCCACGGGGAGGAACCUCGGCCGCAUCCUCAAGGCCUCCAUCCCCGCCGCCCACAAGUCCAUCGUCUCCUUCCGGCAGCUGCGGGAGGACGUCUACAGUGAGCUGGCCAACAAAGAGCAGGUGGCCGGGGUCAAGUGGGCCCGCUUCCCCGAGCUCAACAAGAUCCUGAAGGGCCACCGCAAGGGAGAGCUGACAGUCUUCACAGGCCCCACGGGCAGCGGCAAGACCACCUUCAUCAGCGAGUGUGCACUGGACCUGUGCAUGCAGGGUGUAAACACACUGUGGGGCAGCUUCGAGAUCAACAACGUGCGGCUGGCCAAGAUCAUGCUGACGCAGUUCAGCAUGCAGCGCCUGGAGGACAGCCUCGAGCACUACGACGCCUGGGCCGACAAGUUCGAGGACCUGCCCCUCUACUUCAUGACCUUCCACGGGCAGCAGAGCAUAAAGACGGUACUGGAUACCAUGCACCAUGCCGUCUACAUGUAUGACAUCAGCCACGUGGUCAUCGAUAACCUGCAGUUCAUGAUGGGCCAGGAGAACCUCUCUGUGGACAAGUUUGCUGUCCAGGACCACAUCAUCGGGGCCUUCAGGAAGUUCGCCACAAACAACAGCUGUCACGUGACCCUGAUCAUCCACCCCAGGAAGGAGGAGGACGACAAGGAGCUGCAGACUGCCUCCAUCUUCGGCACGGCCAAGGCCAGCCAGGAGGCGGACAACGUCCUGAUCCUCCAGGAGAAGAAGCUGGUCAGCAGCCCGGGUAGAAGGUCCCUGCAGGUGGCCAAGAAUCGCUUUGACGGAGACGUGGGCAUCUUCCCCCUGGAGUUCAACAAGGCUUCACUCACCUUCUCCACCCCCAAGAGCAAGACCAAACUGCGCAAGGUCAAGGGUGAUAAGGCAGAGACCCCUGAAACGGUGGAGGUGGCCGAGAGGCCCGAGAAGCCUGCCAGGGGUUCAAAGACCCCCAAAGCUGAGAAGGGCCCGAUGGGGACCGAAGGGAAGGGUGCGGCAGGGGGAGGGGCAAAGGGUGGGGCAGAGAGUGGGGGAAAGGGUUUGGCAGGGUCAGGAGGGAAGAAGCAGUAG